AGUCAUACUACACCCUUCCCCGAAGAAAAAAGCUCCUUCAUUAUGUUUAUAUGUAAAGAAGCUUCAGUCUUUGGUUUGUUACUUGUGAAUGCCUGAGGAAGAGGACAAUUACAAUGGCUGCUGUUUCUUUAAGGCUCCUUUCCUUUCUUUGUUGUCUGUUUGUCAUCAUAAUAUCACAAGCCAGUGCCCAGACAUGUGAUAACAGCAGAGGCAACUACACAAUAAACAGCACCUAUCACAACAACCUCAACACUCUCUUAUCCAAUUUCUCUUCCCACACAGAAAUCAACUAUGGUUUCUACAAUUUCUCCUAUGGCCAAGAACCAGACAAAGUAUACACCAUUGGGCUCUGCAGAGGCGAUCAAAACCAGAAUCAGUGCCUCAAAUGCCUAAACGAAUCGAGAGUGUCUCUGGCAGAUAAAUGUCCAAACCAGAAAGAGGCAAUUGAUUGGAGAGGAGAGUGCAUGCUGCGCUACUCUAACCGUUCCAUAUUUGGGCUCAUGGAAAAUAAUCCUAAGGUGCUACUCGUGAGACAAGAGAAUGUAACAGGUUCAUUGGAUGAAUUCACUGAGGUGCUGGGGAACUUGAUGAGGAAUCUAUCAAGCACAGCUGCAUCAGGUGACUCUCGUCGUAAGUAUGCUACAGGAAGCAUGCCUACUUCAAAUUUUCAAAUCACAUACGGGUUUACAGAGUGCACACCUGAUUUGUCAUUGCAAGAGUGCACUCAGUGCUUGGGUGAAGCUAUCGCGGAUAUCCCAGUUUAUUUUAAUGGGAAAACUGGAGGUAAUGUUUUAAAACCCAGUUGUAGAAUUAGAUUUGAUCCCUACUCCUUCUACGGAUCUACGCUGAAAUUAGACCCAGAUGCACCGCCACCAGCGACCCCGCUACCAUCACCGCCCACCAACAACAAUUCUUCUUCACAAGGAAAGAGCAACACAUCACGAAUUAUCAUUGCCAUAGUAGUACCAGUUGCUAGUGUUGUUUUGGUGCUCAUUCUUUUCUGCAUCUAUCUAAGAGUGAAGAAGCCAAGAAAAGAAAAUGAGAUUAAAAGAGAAGAAGAUAAUUAUGAAGAUGAAAUUACAUUUGCUGAGUCAUUGCAAUUCAACUUUGACACCAUACGAGUUGCUACAAAUGAAUUUGCUGAUUCUUAUAAACUUGGACAAGGCGGGUUUGGAGCUGUUUACAGAGGUCAGCUUUCCAACGGACAAGAGAUUGCAGUAAAAAGGUUGUCAAGGAAUUCUGGGCAAGGAGAUAUGGAAUUUAAGAAUGAAGUUCUUUUAGUGGCCAAGCUUCAGCACCGGAAUUUAGUUAGGCUACUUGGUUUCUGUCUGGAAGGAACAGAAAGACUACUUGUCUAUGAAUUUGUUCCUAAUAAAAGCCUUGAUUACUUCAUAUUUGAUCCAAUAAAGAAAGCACAAUUGAAUUGGCAAAGGCGUUACAAAAUCAUUGGAGGUAUUGCUCGAGGCAUUCUCUACCUCCAUGAAGAUUCUCGACUGCGUAUUAUACAUCGUGACCUCAAAGCAAGCAACAUUCUCUUGGAUGAAGAGAUGCAUCCUAAGAUAUCUGAUUUUGGGAUGGCAAGAUUGGUUCACAUGGAUCAGACUCAGGGAAAUACAAGUAGAAUUGUUGGGACCUAUGGAUAUAUGGCACCCGAGUAUGCAUUAUAUGGUCAGUUUUCAGCAAAAUCAGAUGUUUUUAGUUUUGGUGUACUAGUUCUUGAGAUUAUAAGUGGCCAAAAAAACAGUGGUGUUCGUCAUGGGGAGAACGUGGAGGAUCUAUUGUGCUUUGCAUGGAGAAACUGGAGGGCAGGAACAGCUUCAAAUAUUGUAGACCCCACGUUAAACGACGGUUCUCAAAAUGAAAUAAUGAGAUGCAUCCACAUUGGAUUAUUAUGUGUUCAAGAAAAUGUGGUUGCCAGACCAACCAUGGCUUCUAUUGGUCUCAUGCUUAAUAGCUAUUCUCUCACUCUCCCGGUGCCUUCAGAACCUGCACUUCUUGUGGAUAGUAGAACUAGAAGCCUUUCAGAGCAUGACUCAAUGGAAACAAGAACAAGUGAAUCAGCCAAUCAAUCAACACCCAAAUCGAUAAAUGAGGUUUCAAUCACUGAGCUAUAUCCUCGUUAGAUUUUGUUGAUCAACAAUGGAGGCACGCGCGGAAUCUGAAAACAAACACCACUGGUUUCCAAAAAGAAAAGAAAAAACCACAAAAAAUACAAGAAUGAAAAAGAAACUGGAUGUGGCAAAGUGCAAGG